CCGUGCCAGUGUACAACCGAAGCCAUGGUCGCCAAAGUGCUCUGUCUGGCCUUAGCCUUAUUCUGUGCUGUAUCAGCAGAUAACAGGAUAGUAGGGGGAACCCCUGUCAGCAUCCAGGAGUUCCCCUCCGUCGUCGCAGUGGUCUACCACUACCCCAGGCCGGACAUCUACAUCCAGCGAUGCGCUGGCGCCGUGAUAUCCUCGUGGCAUGUCCUGACCACGGCAUUCUGCUUCACCGGCGCAACUUUGACUAACGCCUAUUUGAGAGGCGGAUCCUCCGAAAGCUUGAGUGGCGGUCAGUUGACCGGCAUCCGCCAAAUGAUUCAACACCCGGAUUACGACGCGACCACCCGCUUCUCUGACAUCGCCGUGGUGGUGACGAGUCAGCCCUUCGUGCUGAGCGGAUCUAUGAACAUCCUCUACAUCCCUCCCGCAAACACUUACCUCCCCGACGGGCUACAGACUAGAGUGGCUGGCUGGGGAUUCGAAACUGAGGAGGGACCCCAGCACGACAGUCUUAAAGCCAUCACACUGACCACGGUGAACUUAGAACAGUGCAAGAAGGCCUACGAAGAUGUGGAAGAUAUUGACAUCAAGGACUCUGUUAUCUGUGCGGCCAAUGAGAACGCCGGCACUUGCUUCGGCGACUCCGGCGCACCUAUGAUCUACAAUAACGUGAUCAUCGGCAUCUCAUCCUACUACAAAGACUGCGGUAACAGCGCUUACCCCGAUGUAUUCACCAAGGUUGAUAGUUUCACCGACUGGAUUAUGGAGACAGCUGUUGCUCCUACUGGAGAGACACCUCUAAGAAGCGCUUCCAUUUAUUACUAGAUUUACCUUCACCUGUAUGUUUGUUUAUAUGUUUGUAACAGACUCCUUUGGACUAGAAUUUGACCCUCUUCAAAAGGUCGAUUUCGUUCAAACAUUGUAGAUAUAUCGAGGACCGAUGGCAAUACACUA